GUGUCACAUAGGGCAGCAAACAAUAUUUAAUUGAAAUAAAUUUGGCGUUUAAUUCUAGUGGUAGUGGGCCCACGCGCUAAUAAUUAAAUGGCGAUGUAAAUAAACUUUUUUUUUAUCGAUCUCGGCUCACAUGGGUUUUGCUGUAUAUAAUCCCACGGACUCCUUCAUCACUCUUCUUCCCCUCAUCGUUUCCGUCUCUCUUUUUUUAUUUAUCGCUCACUUUUAUUAUUAUUUUUAUUUUUUUUCUUCCUCUUUUUUUUUCUAGCCCAAGGAGGAGCCCUCGCCAUUUUUGUACAGCCUUUUCAGGUCUUGAUUACCGUCCCAAGCGCUAGAAAAUGAAUCGCUACGCAAUCCAUCAAAACAGCUUCGCUGCCUAUGAGGAGAUGAGGGGCAACGCCACUGCCGCCGCUGCCUGCAGAUCUGUGGAGAUGAAAGAAACGGUUAUUUGCCCUAAGCCACGGCGGCUCGGCUUGCUCCAGGCCACGCUUCAUGAGCCUUCCUAUCCGAGACCUCUCAGAUGGCACGCCAGCCAUCACCAAGAGGUUUUUGAUUCCAAAGCUGGAAGCGAGCUUCUCGACAUCAUCCUAGCAAAGCAGGGUGGUUGCGGUAGCGAUCAAGCAGUCCCACCGGUAGCCUCGUCGCCCCCUUUUUUUUCCGGGUCGCCGCCGAGCAGAGUAUCUAACCCACUAAUUCAAGACGCGCGGUUCGGGGACGAGCGUUGCACCCCUCUCUCACCGCGUGCAGUCCCGGCCCCCUCCGGCCUGGCCCCCUCCCCCUCCUCCACCCGCAAGGGGGGUUGCGUCCGGGCGAAUUUCGGGAACAACCCGGCCGUGAGGGUGGAGGGUUUCGACUGCCUCGACAGGGAUAGGCGCAACUGCAGCAUCCCUGCUCUGGCUUAAGGUUCCAACGUUAGGAGUUUUCAAGAUUUUUGAUCAAACGAGCUUAAGUUAAGUGGAUGGGAUCGAUCAUUCAAUGAUAUUUAGGUAAUAGUAGUGGUGUAAAUAUAUGGUUGUUUGUUUGGAAGUGUCUGUAAUUAAAGGAUGGUGUAAGUAUUGACCAGGAAAUAAUUUUUAGGGAUGUCUUGAGAAGUGAGAGGUGCCUUGGCCCCCCCUCCCUCUAUUGUAAUGGUGUAAGUAGAGAGGUGAAAGAGGGGAGAGGGGGGGCUUGUGGUGAUUUUAAGUGCGUUUUGAGGUCAUUUUUGAGAUUUGAGUAGGGCGGAAUCUGUAUAAAGAAUUAUGGAUAUAUAGCUGGAGCUGAGUCAUGAUGUUUUGUAGUCAACAAAAUUGAGUUUGUAAAUGAUGAAAUAUUUUAUAAAAAAUUGAUGUCUUUUUAUUUUCUAGUA